AUGGUAUUCCCGGUUUUGCCUCUCUAUGGCAAAGAUUUCUCCAGCGCCAUAGCAGCUAAACCUUUUCUGACUUUAGCCGACCAAGCCCUUAUUGAUAGCUCAGUUUUGAAUGCCGAACAAAUCAAGAAGUUUGUCGAUGAAUUCGGCUCGGAAAUUAAGUUUAUCUCUGUUUUGUUGAAGGAUUCUUCCGCAUUUGAUGAUGAAAAGAUAGUUGAUUUGCUGAAUAACGGUGUUUCUACGUUGUUCGUCGACCAACAGAGUUACGUUGAUCAUCUUUGCCAAAACGUUGGUAUUCCAGAAGAGAGACUUAGUGUUCUAAAAGAUUCUGCGUACAAGAACAGGUUUUCUAUCAAGACAGAUUUCCGUCUGAACGACAUUGUUCCUGUUGACCAGAUUACAGUUGAUUCUUUCAGUGAAGCCGUGAUCUCUAGCAUCAAGACAGACCGUGAAGAUAAAUUGUAUACCACGUUGGUGGUGGACGCUAACGAAAGAUGCCUAGGCUUAGUGUACUCUUCUGCAGCUUCGGUGAAGGUAGCCAUUGAAAAGAAGGCCGGCGUGUACUACUCACGUUCCCGCAAUGAGAUCUGGGAAAAGGGCCUUACCUCGGGAAACACUCAAAAGCUUAUCUCCAUUCAGUUGGACUGUGACGGAGAUGCUUUGAAAUUUGUUGUUGAGCCCUGUGGUAAGACCUCAGAUUUCUGUCACUUGGAUACUGUAUCCUGUUUCGGAGAAUUCAACCAUGGCCUCGUUGAGUUGGAAAAGCUACUGAAGGAGAGGCUGGAUAACGCGCCAGAGGGAUCAUAUACCCGUAGAUUGUUUUCUGAUCCAGAGCUUUUAACUGCUAAGAUCAAGGAGGAAGCAGAGGAACUGACCGAGGCCGAAAGUAAAUCCGAAUUGGCAUGGGAGGCAGCGGAUCUUUUCUACUUCGCCAUGACUAAACUUGUAGCUAACGGGGUCAGUUUAGCAGAUGUUGAACAAAAUUUGCAGAAAAAACACUUGAAGGUCACUAGGCGGAAAGGUGACGCUAAACCAAAAUUCAUCACUCAGAAAAAAGAAGCAGAGGUUGCAAAGGCCCCUGAAGAUCAAUCUAAUGUAAAAAUUUCCCUAAACGUUCUCUCCUCAGAAAAUACCGUUGGCGUUGAGAAAGCUUUGGCGAGACCAAUCCAAAAAACCUCAGAGAUUAUGAAUCUGGUCAACCCAAUAGUCGAAAAUGUCAAAAACAAGGGGGACAAGGCACUUAUCGAAUACACAGCGAAAUUUGAUGGAGUUAAUCUGAGGAGUCCCGUUUUGAACGCUCCUUUCCCUGAGGAGUACUUCGAGGGCCUUACCGACGAAAUGAAAGAAUCUCUGGACCUGUCCAUUGAAAAUGUCCGCAAGUUUCACGCUGCUCAGUUGCAAACUGAAGUUCUAGAGGUGGAGACCCAACCGGGUGUUCUAUGCUCGAGAUUCCCUCGUCCGAUCGAGAAAGUCGGGCUUUAUAUCCCGGGUGGUACUGCUAUCUUGCCAAGUACCGCGCUAAUGUUGGGUGUCCCAGCACAGGUUGCCAACUGUAAGGAGAUUAUCUUCGCUUCCCCACCACGUAAAUCUGACGGUAAAGUUUCUCCUGAAGUCGUCUAUGUUGCCGAUAAAGUAGGUGCUUCCAAGAUCGUUUUGGCUGGUGGUGCACAGGCAGUUGCUGCCAUGGCAUACGGUACUGAAUCAGUUCCCAAGGUCGACAAGAUCCUGGGUCCAGGUAAUCAAUUUGUUACCGCUGCUAAGAUGUAUGUUCAAAAUGACACACAGGCUUUGUGUUCUAUUGACAUGCCAGCAGGCCCGAGCGAGGUCCUUGUCAUCUGUGAUGAACAAGCCGAUGUCGAUUUUGUCGCAAGUGACCUUCUAUCUCAAGCUGAACACGGCGUUGACUCACAAGUUAUCCUGCUUGGUGUCAACAUAAGCGAGGAAAAGAUCAAGCAAGUGCAGGAUGCUGUUCACGAGCAGGCCUUGAAACUUCCUAGAGUGGAGAUCGUGCGCAAGUGCAUUGCCCACAGUGCCAUCAUCAAUUGCAAGGACCACAAGGAGGCAUUCCACAUCUCCAACAAAUACGCUCCUGAGCAUUUGAUCCUUCAAAUUGCGAAUGCCCAAGAUUAUGUUAAGCUAGUCGACAACGCGGGCAGCAUAUUUGUUGGUGCCUACACUCCUGAAUCCUGCGGCGACUACUCUAGUGGUACCAACCACACUCUGCCCACUUACGGUUACGCCAGACAGUACAGCGGCGUGAAUACCACCACCUUCCAGAAGUUCAUCACCUCCCAGAUCGUUACCCCAGAGGGUCUGGAAAACAUCGGCAAGGCCGUGAUGUGUGUCGCCAAGGUUGAAGGUCUAGAUGGUCACAGGAAUGCCGUCAAGAUAAGAAUGAACAAACUAGGCUUAUUGCCUGAGGGAUUCCACUAG